GGCGUCUGCUAUUGACAUCGCCUUUAAAUAAAUCUGUUCACUUUUCACGUUAUUCAUGACUUUUAAAUAAUUUUACUAGGUUAUUUUUAAGGGUUGAUAAACCCUCAAGUUAAUAACGUGUGCGAAAUCAUCAUGGACAAAAGUUCGAUUGUUUUUGUUCAGUGCAAAAUGUGUUUUACGGAAAGAAUGUAGUUUUGUUGUCGUAAUCAAAAUAAUGUGACGACAUUUGAACUUUUACAUUUUUUUUUUAAAUCGGAAAUGCACUAAAAAACGAAUGUGAGUGCAAUUUAAGUAUACAAAUGCAAUUGAUAAGUUUAUCAGCUUUAUCAGUUAUAUAUCUACCUUCCGUAAGGAUUAAUAUUUUUCGAGUAUAAUGAAUAACGUGAAAGAAAGAAAAUUCUCAACAUAUGUAAUUAUAAUAUCAACAUCUUGAUUAAUCAUUUAAUUAUUGUAUGAUAUCAAAGUUUUGUCAAACAAAGACUUUUGGAUAUACGUAAUAUAAUGGCUCGUUAUCGUCCGAUAUUAAUUUCUAUGAAUUCAAUACAGUCUCAUGUGUCACGAUAUUUAUAACUCGAUAAGCGUAAAGAUUUUUUUUCAGAUUAAAUAUUCAAUUAAAAUUGGAGUGUAUGUGAAAUUGAUAUCAUGGCUAAUAAACGAGGGACUUUUUCACUUCUUAUGUGGAAGAAUUUAAUUGUUCGUAAGAGACAUUGGAAAGCUGGACUCUUUGUGCAAAUAUGCCUUCCUUUUGCAUUGUUUGCACUUACUCAACUUACAAGAGAUUUGUCAGCAACUGCACCUGUACGUGUGGAAAAUAUUACCCAUUAUGAUGUCAUAAUAAAAGAAGAAGCAUUUAGUACCAUUGAUAUGACUGCAAAUUUUAUUUAUUUUUUACCUAAUAAUAGUUUUGUUGAUGAAUUAAUGAGUGAAACUAGAUUGUGUCUUGGGCUUCCUUCAGACAAUGUUGUGGGCUUCUUAACGGAGGGUGAAUUACUGAAAGAAGUUGCUUUAAAGACAAUUGAAGAUAAGACGAGAACAAUUUUGGCUGUUGUUUUUAAAAAUCCAAAUGAAUUUAAUGCAACAUCAAAAAAUCUUCAAUAUACGAUUAAAUCACCAAUGAUUCCAAGAUUUCCAUACACAACACCAAUUGACAUGAUCACUGGAUAUAAUGCUUAUGUCAGUACAUUUCCGUUUGUUCAAGUGCAAAUGUGUCUUGAUGAGAGCUUUUUAAGACAAAAAGCACCAAAUUCUCCAUACAAUGCCACUAUAUCUCUACAACAAAUACCUGAUCUCCCUCACAUUGAAGUGGAUUCUAAUGACGAAAUGAUAAGAACAAUGUACGCAUUGACUGCGGUUAUGGCAUUUUUAAUUCCUCUGUGCAUUGAAGCCACUUAUGCUGCAAAUGAGAAAUUCAUCGGCGUUAACAUCCUGAUGUCAAUGAAUGGCGUUAAGAAUUAUCAGAAUUUACUAAGUUGGCUCUUGAGCGGUGUGAUAUUUAGCAUUCUUUACAUCACUCCGCUUUUAAUAUUAUUUACAAAUGCUUUUGUAUCGGAUGUUGAGCCAUAUUUAAAUUAUGGAAACGUUUUUAUUGUCGCUGUAUUGCUACUCGUUCAAGUGACUCAUCUUUUAGCUUAUGGAAUGCAUAUUGCUUCAUAUUUUUCAAAAUCCCUCUUUAUGAUCUCCGGUAUUCUGGCAAUUUAUGUUGGAUCGUCAAUGCUACAAAGAUUUAUCGUUAAAAGCAGCGUUUUUGGAUUGAUACCAUAUUUGGGAAUUAUUUUUCCAAAUUAUUUGUUAUUUCGAAUGUUUCAGGAAAUAAGUGUUUAUGAAAAAAGAUUGACAGGAGUUCAAUUCCAUAAUUUAUUUCUCGUUGGAGACGAUGAUUAUCCGGCUGUUGGAAGUUUGGGAGGAAUGCUUCUACUUUCAGUAUUAGGAAUUGUGAUUCAUUUUUUUUUCACAUUGUACGCUUAUUCCGUUUUUCCCGGCAAAUAUGGGGUUUCAAAACAUCCACUUUUCUUUCUAAUGCGAUCGAAAAUCAAUAAAGUUUCAUCAGAGGAAGAAUUGUAUGAUUGUGAUUAUAAUAAUAUGGAAGGAAAGCCCUUUGAACCAGUUCCAAAAGAUGCUUUUAGGCCUGGAAUUCAAAUUCGAAAUUUAAAGAAAUCAUAUCAUACAAAUUGGUUAAGUCGUGCAAAACAUCAGGCACUUCGUGGAAUUUCAAUUGAUUUUUAUAAAGGACAAAUAACAGCUUUGUUGGGUCAUAAUGGAGCAGGAAAAACAACAAUGAUGUCUAUUUUAACAGGUUUGUUAAGUCCUACGGAGGGAAUGGUUUUGAUAAAUGGGAAAAAAGCUAGCGAUGAAAUGGACGAUAUUAUAAGCGAUUUGGGUCUAUGUCCUCAAGAAGAUAUGCUUUUCCCGGAUUUGAAUGUUUUCGAACAAAUCGAGUUUUUUGGCUUGUUAAAAAAUAAAAAUAAAACGAAAAGUGAAGUGAAAACAGAAGUGAAUAUUUUAUUAACUAAAUUAAAAUUACAACCAAAAAGAGACGUAGUGCCAGCAAAACUUUCUGGAGGUCAAAAACGAAGAGUUUGCCUUGGAAUGGCAAUAAUUGGCGAUGCUUCUACUCUAAUAUUAGACGAGCCAACGUCUGGAAUGGAUCCCGAGAGUAGAAGAGAUACGUGGGACAUUUUGUUGAAAAUGAGGGGACAGAAGACAAUUAUUAUCAGUACGCAUAAUAUGGAAGAAGCAGAUAUUCUUGGAGAUAGAACUGCGAUAAUUCAUUUAGGACGAUUAAAGAGUUAUGGAUCUCCAAUGUUUCUCAAAAAACUUUACGGUCAAGGAAAUAUUGAAGUGACACUGUCAACGGAAAAAGAAUAUGAUUUUGAGAAAAUAAAAAGUCAAUUUAGUAGAGAAAGUAAAUUAAUAAAUUUAGAUGGCGGUAAAUUGGUUUUCAAUGUUCCAUAUACAAAUGAAUUGCCACAAGAUUUGGAUAAAAUUGAAGAAAGGAAAACAGAACUCGGUGUAAAUGGAAUAAGUGUCUCGCUUAUAACAUUAGAACAAGUUUUUCUCAAAGCAACAAAAGAAGACGAGGACGAAGUCGAUUCUUGCUUACCUCAUGUGGACGAAAUUUCAAAAGUAACUGGACGCAAUCUUCUUUUGCAAUCAGCAAUGGCUCUCUUAUCAAAAAAGCUCACCUAUACCUAUAAGAAUAUUCUGACAUUUUGGUUGAUCGUCUUAAUUCCAUUGAUCAGUGUGUUUUUGAUAGGACUCGAUUUUAAUGCUCUUCGCGAUACUUCACCGGCGAUUCCUUUAAGACUCGAUAAAUAUCGAUAUCCUCAAAGUUUUUUCACGAGCGAUGAACCCUUUGGAAGUGUCUAUAAAAAAAUUGUCGAACAAUUUAACGGCGAACCAAUCGAUGUUGGUACUACUAAUAUUUCACAAGCGAUGCUUGAUUUGGCAUCAAAGGACUUGGCGUCUUAUCGAAAUAAUUUAAUUGCUUCCGCGUCUAUUCGAAUGGAUGCACAAAAAAGAGUUAAUAUGAAUGCUUUCUAUUCAAUAUCCGCAUCAUAUAGUAUUCCAAUAUCAGUUAAUCUUUUGACAAAUACCCUUUUGAAAGCUAUAACCAAUGAUGACAAUUAUGAGAUUAAUGUUUGGAGUCAAAAAUUCCCAAAUUUGUAUAAACUCAAUGAUCUUGCUAAUACACAAGACGAUGUAUUUGGCAGAGUUUUACUUUUAACUGCCUUUCUAUAUCCAACCAUUGCAUUGUUCGUUAUUCAUCCCCUCAGAGAAUCGUCUCUUGGAGUGAAACAACUUCAAAGAAUGACGGGAAUUCCAAGUUGGUUAUAUUGGGGAACAUUAUUUCUCUUUGAUUUCAUCAUCUUUUCUGUGUCCAUUAUUUUAAUUUUAAUUGGAUUCUAUGCUAUUGAUUGCAUUUUUGAUAUUCGAAUGUUCCACGCAACAGAAAUGUCGAUAAUGGUAUUAUUACUCGUAUUGUUUGCUUUCAAUACUUUGCCGGUUGUUUACAUAUUCAGUUUUCUAAAGAAAUCAACGAGUACUGUUAUAACAAUGUUGAGUCUUUUGCCACUUGGAGCUAUUGCAAUGGAAUUAAUUCUUCAUAUACUGAUGUUAAACAUAAAGGAAAUGAAAUUUAUUGAAGUUUUACGAGGAAUGCAAAAGAAAAUUUUCUUAAUGAUUCCAUACAUAAGUUUCUUCCAUGGUCAGCUCAGUUUCUUUGAGACGGCAGGUCACAAUGCUCAAUGUCGUCGAGCGCCACCACAAUUUUUAGAUAUUGCUUGUAUGUUGCAAAGCAAAUGUUGUGGUCUCAAUUGUCACGAUGGAAAAUGUGAAAAGUCCUUACCAUAUUUUCCCGAUUUUAAUGACGACAUAAAUCUUGCCGAAAGUGUGCUAUAUAUGAGUUUAACUCCGAUUUUUUACUUUACAAUUCUUGGAUUGCUUGAGCACAAAAUAAUUCCUUUAAUAUUAAUGAAAAUUCAAAGAAAUCAGCCAAAAAGCAAGAUCGAUGAUAUGGAUGAUCAAGUGAAGAAAGAAAAAUUAUCAGUCGCUUUUGAACUCAGUAAAUUAAAAACGCAGAGUGAUCCUGCAAAAAUACAAGGCAGUAUGGAGAAGAUGAAUUCGAGUCUAGAAAAUUCUGAAUCCGAUAAUGAUGCUAUUUACUUAGUUUAUGAAUUAAGUAAAUUUUACGGUCUUUUACCGGCCGUCAAAGAAAUCAAUUUUUCCGUUAAAAGAAGUGAAUGUUUUGGAUUAUUAGGUGUAAAUGGUGCUGGAAAAAGUACGACUUUCAGAAUGUUAACAGGCGAAGAAUUUCCAAAUAGUGGCGUCAUGUAUUUAAGCAAAAAUGAAAUUUACAGUAACAGAAAAGAGUAUCUUGCACAAAUGGGAUAUUGUCCACAAACUUCAGCGCUGAUAGCUUCAUUGAAUGCUAGAGAUCAUUUAAAACUCUUCGCGCUACUUCGAGGAGUUCCUAAAAGACAAGUGACCUUAGAAGUCGAAAAGUGGAUCAAUAGACUAAAUUUAAAUCUUUGUGCAGCUCAACCAAGUAGUGCAUAUAGUGGAGGAAACAAACGACGUUUAAAUAUUGCAAUUGCUCUUAUUGGUAAUCCAAAUCUUGUUUUAUUGGAUGAACCAACAACGGGAGUUGAUCCAGCAGCUCGUAGAUCUCUUUGGCAUGUGAUAAAGUCUUGUCAAUUGGCAGGGCAAUCAAUUAUUCUUACGUCUCAUAGUAUGGAAGAAUGUGAAGCUCUUUGUAAUCGACUAGUCAUUAUGGUAAAAGGUCAAUUCGUUUGUGUUGGUCAAAGUCAACAAUUAAAACAACGUUUUGGUGCUGGAUAUGAUAUAAAUUUAAAAUUAAAUCCAGAAAGAAGUAAUAACGAUGUGGAAAAAAUAAAAAGUUAUUUGGAAAGUUCACUUGAAUGUGAACUUCGCGAUGAACAUGUAGGCUAUAUAACGUAUCACGUUACCAAUUCAAAGACAACGUGGAAAACAAUGUAUCAUUUUAUGGAAGUCCUCAAAGAGACGUACGAAUGCAUAGAAGAUUUCACAGUAUUAUCAGCAACUUUGGAACAAUUAUUUUUACAAUUCGCUAGGGGUUAAACAGUAUUACUGUUAUAUUAACAAAAUUGAUAAAAAUCGAAAAGGUAUAAGCUUUAAAACUAGAAGAUAAAAAAUCCUCUACUUAAAUAUUUUGUAUAAAAAAAAUAUAUCCGUCUUUUUAUCAUAAAUUGUUUAUGUAUUCUCUUUUAUUUAAUUUUGUUACAUAUUUAUCAAAAUUUAUAAUGAACAAACUUUCUAUAAUUGUAUUUUUGUAAAUUUCUAGGAAAUUUAAAAAUUUGUUAAAAUUAAUUAAAAAAUUUUGUUAAUCUAAAUACGGAACUAGAAUUCGAAAUAUGUAUAUAGAUAUUUAUAUAAUAUAUUUCUUAUUUUGUUGUAAGAAUAAGUGUUUUUAUACUGAAAAAAGGAUAUAGAGAAAUAUCCAUUAAAUCAUAAUUACUCAUUUAUCGAACAAAUAUAAUUUUUUUUAAUAAUCAUUCUUCAUAUAUACUAAUUUGAAAAUUUUGAAACAAUACUCUACAUUUCAGUUAUUGUAAUUUCGUUUCAAAAAAAAAAAAAAAUUGUAUAGUUUUCAUAAAUAAAAAAUCAAAGUUGAAGUUUGAUAGAAAGAGAGAAUGAGAAACAAUGAAAGAGAGAUAAAAAAAAAGAAUGAAUAGAAAUAAAGAGAAAAAGUAUAGCAAAUUCAAAAAAUUUGAAAAAAGGGUUAAAUAAUAUUUACUAUCUUUAUAAGUGUGAAUUAAUAUCGAAAACUUUUGUAAUUAAUAUAAGCACGGUAUUGUAGUUUUUAA